CCGGGUUGCAAUGGCAACUGACUGGAUGGAACGUCAACAACAACUUUGUUCAAUUUAAAGUUACAGUUUUACAAAAUAUUUCAUACGUUGACUACAGGCACGAUUUCUAAUGUGAAAAACAAAGUUACACCAUUUUCAGUUGGAAAAUGUCCCAGGGAUGUACAAUUUCUGUGGAAGAGAUCCAGUCUUGGUGGGAAGUCCCCGCCAUAGCCCACUUCUGUUCGCUGUUCAGGACGGCAUUCAGUCUACCAGACUUUGAAAUUGAGGAACUGGAGGAGGCCCUGCUGAAGAGGGACCAAGACUUCCUGUCCGACCUGAUCGCCUCCCUGCUGCAGGGCUGCUACCAGCGGACUGACAUCACACCCCAGGCCUUCAGCAGCUACCUGGAUGACAUCAUCAACUACCGCUGGGAGCUUGAGGAGGGGAAGCCCAACCCGCUGCGGGAGGGCCCCUUCGAGGAGCUGGCUCUCCGCACGCAGGUGGAGCUGCUGCACCGGCUGUGCGACUACCGCCUGGAUGCCGCCGACGUCUUCGACCUGCUCAAGGGCCUAGAUGCGGACAGCUUGCGGGUGGAGCCGCUGGGGCAGGAUGGGAACGGGGCCCUCUACUGGUACUUCUAUGGCACGCGCAUGUACAAGGAGGAACCCGUUCGGCCAAAGCCUGGCGAGCUCCGCGAACCUCCUGAGGUGAAAAUGCCAGAGAAACGGAAACGGGGAAGGCCACCAAAGAAGAAGAAGCUGGAGGAACAACAGCUGAGCGAGCUGAACAGUGUGCUGAAGGAGGAGAACGGAACACCAGACCUGCACCUAGGAGCGGAGAGGGAGCGUGGGGCCUGGUCCCUGGCCUGUGCCACCGAGGACCAGUGGCUCAGUCUGGCCGACAGCAUCAAGGACAAGGCCUCGCCCCAGGACCGCCACCUGUACCGCAUCAUCAGCCACAACUUCCUGCCCGAGAUCAGGAGCAUGAUCGAGCACAAGGAGAAGGAGCACAGGGAGAAGCUUCUGGAUGCUGCCCCGGUUCGCAGCUCUAACCGCCUCACUGCCAAACGCAUCACACAGGAGGCAGAGGAGACGCUGCAGGCGCUUGCCGAGGUGGAGCAGCAGAAGCAGAGGGAAGAGGAGAUGGACAGACAGAAGCUGCUGGCCGAGCAGCGCAGGGAGGAGGAGAGACUGUUGCAGGAGGAGCGGGAGCAGGAGGAGCUGGAGAGGGUCAAAGCUGUGGAGGAGCGAGCCAGGAGGCGGAAGCAGCGGGAGGAGAAGGCCUGGCUCCUGUCCCAGGGCAAGGAGCUGCCCCCCGAGCUGCUGCACCUGGAGCCCCACUCCCCUGUCCGCCGCGCCCGCAGGACCAAGGAGUUCUAUGAAAUAGACGACGACUACACGGCUCUGUACAAAGUGCUGGAGGCCCUGAAGGGGCACAAGGACGCCUGGCCGUUCAUGGAGCCCGUGGACGAGUCCUACGCUCCCAACUACCACGAGAUCAUCCAGACCCCGAUGGACCUCUCCACCAUCGAGAAGAAGCUGAACGAGGGGGAGUACAUCGCCAAGGACGAGUUUGUGGCCGACGUGAAGCUCAUGUUCGAGAACUGCCAGGAGUACAACGGGGAGGACAGCGAGUACACCAUGAUGGCGGAGUCUCUGGAGCGCUGCUUCAGCAAGGCCCUGCUCAAGCACUUCCCGUCGGAGGAGGGCGACACGGACGAGGAGUUCCACAUCAGCGGGGAGGACCGCGAGCGCGAGCGCGAGCGCAGGGACCGCAAGCGCAGCCGUGGCCCCCGCCAGGCGGGGCCUGACAGCCUGAUCCGGGCCACCGAGCUGGCCGCGCGUCGCCACGGCGCCCCCAGCGGCAAGGGCAGCGCCCACGCCGAGGAGGACGGGCGCAAACCCCCCGCCCCGACUCCGCCCGCCUUCCUCCGCGCCAACGGGCCCCAGCCUGGCCCCGACGCCCGGCCUGGGCUCUACCACCCAGCACAGCCGCAGCUGCAGGUGGCCCCGGGGCCCGGCGUGUUUGGGCAGCGCCUGCCCGGGGGGCCGGGACUCCCCUUCCACGGGCAGAGAUUGCCCGCCCCCAGGCCCGGAGAGCACAGCGCUCAGCGCAUGCCCCUCCCCUUCAGCAUGCAGCCUCCUGCUGGUGAGGGUCAUCACCUUGGGCUCCGUUUUCCGGGCGGCCCCGACGCCCGCCUGCAGCCCCAGCAGCAGCAGCCCUACAUGGGCCCCACCCACGGCCCCUCGCUGGGGCCCCGCCCCGUGGCCCUGCAGUCUGGGGGCCUCUGCACCCCUCCCCCCGAGGGGAACAUGUACCCCUCCCGCCAGCACCCGGAGGGCCCGGUCCCCCACCCUGGCAGGAGCAGGUACCCCGGGCCGGGCGUCCUGCCACAGCACAACUCCUACGCCCGCUUCCGCCCGCCCGGCGUGGGCAUGCCCGGCGUGUGGCCUGGGAUGGGCGGCCCGGGGCAGGAGCGGGCAGCCGGCCCCCCCGUGCAGGACCAGGGCAUGGGCACCCACCUGAGCCAGCACCCCUUUAACGCGGGCAUGGGGCGCGGCCCCCCCCCUCCCUGGGCGGAGGAGCCCGCAGGGUACCGGGCCCCGGGCGAGCAGUACAGGACGGCCCCCGCCGUCUGCUCUCCCGGCCCCGGGCCCCAGCGGCCCCCCAUGGCCCUGCAGGACUCCCGGCCGCGCCUGUCCUCCAUGCUGGACAGCCCCGAAAUGAUCGCCCUGCAGCAGCUGUCGGCCUCGUCCGGGCCCCCCUCGGGCCCCCCCCGCCCGCCCCUCCCUCAGCACAUGGGCAAAUUUCAGCAGCCCCCCCAGGUCUCGCCGGCUCCCGCCCACGCCUCACAGCUGCCCCCGCCCCAAAUCCAGCUUCUGCGCCCCGCCAGAGACAACGCCGCAGACCCCCGGCCCCCCCUCCAGCAGGACGUCCUGGCCAAAGGACUGGCAUCGUCGGAGCCCAAAGUGGGCGUUCAGCCCGCCCGCGUCACGCCCGUCCCGUCGGAGCAGGAGCGCCGUUCCGUCCCCAGCCCCACGGAGCACCCGAGCCGGCCGAGCGGGGGGGUGCAGAGUCCCUCGGCGCCGGACUGGGGGCGGCUGCAGGAGAAGCAGAAGGAGGAGCAGGCGCUGGGGCCGGGACACCCCCAGGGCACGGAGACCUGCAGCAGGGAGGGGGAGAGGCCCCCGCAGCCCCCGCUGCAGCAGUUCUCCCAGAACGCACCUCACCGCGUGCUCGCCCAGCCCGGCAUGCAGCCGCCACCGCCGCCGCUGUCCUCCCAGGCCCCCGGCUACCCCGCACCCCUACCCCCCGCCCACCCGGGCCCCAGGGACCGCGGGGACAAGAGGCCGAGCGAGCCCGGUCACAUGAUGAAGCCCGCCGCCACGCCCACCCCCGCCAACGGCCACUACAAGCAGCAGGCCUUCAGCUCGGAGCCGCAGGGCCGGCAGGGGCCCCGCGGGUCAACCGGGCCCCCCCACACACAGGGACAGGAGAACGGGGCCAUGGGCCACUUCGGCAUGGGCGGCCCGACGCACCCGCACUACGGCAUACCCGUCGGCCGGCCGCUCCCCCCCCCAAACCACCAGCCCUACCCCUCCCAGCCUCCGCCACAGACCGUGAACCCCCACCCCCACCAGCACCCUGCCCGCUAUCCCCCUUACCACCAGCAGGGUGCAGCAUAUCCAUAUCACAUGUCCUCUCAGAAUCCCCAAGGCCACUCCAACAUGUUCCCCCAGUACCAGCAGCCGCACUACUACCCCCAGCCCCAGGGGGGCGGGCGGGGCAGCUUCCCCCCCGCGGACGAGUGGCCCAGGCCCCCCUACCAGCCCCGCCUCCCCUCCAACGCGUACAUGGCGGCGGGCGGGGCCGGGAUGAACGGGCGUCUGAAGGACAGCAGCAUGUCCCCCCAGGGCUCUGAGGGCUCGGGCGGCAGCCUGCUGUCCCCCAGCCCCCUGCCCCCCGAGUCCCGCGAGGCGGGCAGCCCGGUGAAGCCGGCCCCGGUGGACCCGGACGGCGAGCGGCCCGACAGCCCCAAGGAGAUCCUGGACCUGGACAGCCACAACGCCGCGGCUCGCCGCCGCGUGGCCCCGCCCCCGCACGCCGCCGGCUUCCCCUACGACCCGCGCACCGCGCACCCUCACAUGAUGCCUCGCCCUCCUUACUCCGCCCACCCGUACCCCGGCGGCCACUACGCCCCCCAGCGGCCCCACCCCCACCUGAUGGAGGCCCUUCAGAGGCCCCCGCACCUGCCGUUCCCCCCCGGCCAGCCCCGCAUGGCGCUGUACGGGCACCCUCAGGCCAGCGGGCACUUCCAGGGCAUGCAGGUCCAGCAGCGUGGCCUGGCCCCAGAACACUACCUCCACCCUGGGCAGCAGGCUAUGUGCACGGGGUCUCCCAGGGGCUCCAGCAGUAAGCAGGGAGUGUGAAGUGCAUGCUGGGAGUUUUGUAGGUGAAGAAAGGGGAACUGAAGAAGAGCACAGAGGAGGACAGAGCGAACCCGGGAGCAGAACAAACACUCCCUCUCUCUCCCUCUUCCUCUGUCUUCCUCCCUCUCUCUCUCUCUCUCUCUCUCUCUCUCUCUCUCUCUCUCUGGGCUGCCAUCUUCACAGGCAGCUUUCAACGGCCCUUCCUGGGCGAGCUUGUAAAUGUGUGCUGAACAGUGCUGUGAAACCUUGCUCUCCGCUGUCUCAGACGUUGUCACUGUCUGUCGUAGUUGUGCUGGAGGGACCGGUGUGAGGGCAGCUUUACCUCUCGAGAGCAUUCCCUCCGUGGAGGAACUCUGAGAAACAUUUCCAGCGGGUUUGUGCGGCUGCUUCAGAGGCAGACUUAUUCACUGUUGUUCCCUGUAUAUGGAGGAUUGUCUUUUUGUUUUCGUUUUUGGUUGCCCUUUGGGAAUGUGGGACCGCUUCCCUCGACGUCCUCUCCCUCCCCCUGCGCGGCUGCGUCGGAGCGCCGCCGGGCCUCCCGGGAGAACAGGCUGCGGAGCCGACGGGCUCGGGCGGCCCAGCAAGUUGCCGCCGCCAUCGCCGCCGACGCCGCUAUCUCUGUGGAGCUCCGUCUCCCUCCCAUCGCUCCGCUCGGAGGCGCGCGCGUCUCCUCUCCGCGCCUGGCGAAGGGGGAGGAGCGUCGGAGGAUCAGCGUUCCUCUUCACAAACGUUAAAACUCAGGUGUAGGGAAAAAAAAGGGUACUUUUAAAAUGGUAGAAAUGUCCUGGCCACUUCCUGUUGCCUUUGGUUCUCUUGUUGAAUGUAUGUGUAAAUAGUUUAGGUUUUGUAGACUUGUGAAAAGGGCAAAAGAUUAAUUGCUGUCUGCAAGAAAACAUUUGUCAGGAAGAUGUGAUUUUGGUUUUUGGUUUUUAAUUUCUUUUCAGUUGCUCUGUCCGUUUUCAGUUCUCACUAAAGCAUUUUCAGUUUGGUUCAGGUACAUUCUAUAUGCGUUCCUCAGUGCUGCCUUUACUAUGAGAAUGUCUUCCAUUAUAUAGACUUACUGAGAGCCCAGCUCUUCCAUAGCUCUGCACUGGAAAGCUGGUCUCCAAAUAUGUGGCCUUUAAGUCUGUGCUUUUAGUUCCUUGAGUAUGUAAAGUACACGUUAGUUCACUUCUGUUUCUGGGCUUUUCUGUGCCCGUGUGUCUUGUACGUUUCCAGCUGCUUAAAAUAUGCACACACACAGUUCACAUUAAUCAGUUUCUUCUCACAUCAGAAUCGGCUUGUGUAGCAACAGUGUUUAGCUUGUCACUUCAUUUCCUGUGGUCUGAAGUCUAAGAAUGAACUUGAUGAACUAGCAAGCAGCCAGUUAGAGGCAAAAAAAAAACAAAACAAAAAAAAAAAACUUGUGGAUGCGGAGUUCCAUUUUCUUUAUUUUGCCGUUUUUUAAAUGGAUGCAUCCUGGUGGUAGUCCAUUUGUAGAUAUUUGUACAAUAGGAUUAUUGCAUAUUCUGUGGUUAACAGUAGUAGGUUGGUUAAAAUGACUUUUUUUAUUCAGUAGAUUUUGAACUUGUUUGAGAACUGAAAUAUUUCUGCAUGUCAAAGCUUCCCUUCUUUCACACAGUGAAUGAAAUCCUCAGGGUGCAGCAUUUUAAUACGGGUAUUUUUAUGAAUUACUUAUCUGAAGGAGAAGCGUCAUGCGAGAAAUACAGUCGCAACUGUGAUGGAUGAACUCACCUCAGCUCACGACAACAAUCUGCUCUCUUAAGCAAUGGCUGACCAGGUCCUGCUGGGUUGUGUGUCUGCCUGCGCGUGCGGACGUGUAUGCGUGCCUGCGCGUGCGGACGUGUAUGCGUGCCUGCGCGUGCGGACGUGUAUGCGUGCCUGCGCGUGCG